AUGAACGGGCUCGAAGUGUCUCCCUUUAUUGCAUCCUUACCCAAGGUUGAACUGCAUGUUCACAUCGAGGGAACCUUGAGCCCGUCUCUACGAUGGAAGUUGGCCCACCGGAACAAUGUGCCUCUGCCAUACCCGACGUAUGAAGCACUCUUGGAGUCAUAUAACGUUCUCUACAACCACAGAAAAGAGGUCAAUGGCGACAAUGGAGCCCCGACGUUCCUGGAAACAUACUUUGCAGGGACCCAAGUACUCUGCCAAGAAGAAGACUUUUACGAACUCGGAAUGGAGUUCUUACAGAAAGCCAAGGAGAUGAACGUCCGUUAUGUCGAGCCGUUCUUCGACCUGCAAGCUUACUUGCCUCGCGGUAUUUCGGCGGAAACGGUUUGCGAGGGCUACCUCAGAGCGCAGAAGGAAGGGGCUGAGCGACUUGGGGUGCACAGCAAUUGGAUUAUGUGCUUCAUCAGAGACCAGCCGGUGGAAGAUGGCAUAUCUGCAUACAAGGCGGCUCGACCAUGGGCCAAAGUCGCAGGGGGGAAGGGGCUCUUUCAUGCUGUAGGGCUUGCAGCGAACGAGUAUGACCGACCACCUCUCCUGUUCGAAACCGCAUAUGAGAUGGCACAGAAAGACGGCUUGCAUGUCACCAUGCAUUGCGAUGUGGACCAGAAGGAUGCAGUAGACCACGUGCACGAGGCUAUAUUCUCGGUAUGCGGUGGAGCCGGCACAGAGCGGAUCGAUCACGGCCUCAAUGUCAUUGACCGCCCGGAAUUGAUCGAGGGCCUCAAGAAAAGAGGCAUUCCUCUCACCCUGUGUCCCCACGCAUACCAUCGACGACAAGCGACCGAGGUGCUAUUCCCAAAGUUGCGAAGACUCUACGACGAAGGGGUCAAGUUUUGCAUCAACAGCGACGAUCCUACGUACAUGCACAAUGUGUGGAUUGACGGAGCGAUGGAAAAGGUGUAUCGCUACUGCCACAUGACAGAGGCAGAUAUGAUCAGACUCGCACGAUAUGGUGUCGAGAUGUGCUGGGCGGAUGAGGGUCUCAAACAAAGACUGGAACAGGAACUCGACGACUUCGAAGCCAGCGUUUGUGGGGGCUAG